AACCGACCGACGCUUGACGUUCGGUUGUUGUGGCGGAGGAGAAGGACGGUUUUGAUAAUAAAUUGCGCUUUAAAUUAAGGUUUAUUCUGUUUAAACGUCAGAAAUGAAGCUGUACUGCUUAAGCGGACACCCCAACAAGCCCUGCAAUGUGGUGACCUUCAAGAGCGUUACCUUGAUGUUGGACUGUGGCUUGGACAUGAGCAGCGUGAGCCACUUUCUCCCGCUGCCUCUUGUAGCGUCACAUCGCCUAGGCAGCCUCAGCACCUGGGUUCCACGGGAUGCUGACUCACAGCUUGAAGGGGAACUACGGGAGUGCAUGAGCAGAAUAUUUGUAGACUCUCCGCCUGAAAUUGGUCCUCCUACGUCCGGUCUUAUGGACUUUGCGGAAGUGGAUGCAAUUUUGGUGUCAAACUAUCUGAGUAUGUUGGCCCUUCCCUUCAUCACCAACGGCACAGGAUUCAAAGGAGUGGUGCUCAUGACAGAACCAACAAUGCAGGUUGGAAGAAUAUUUAUGGAGGAACUGGUUGAAUACAUUGAGAGGACCCCAAAAGCCAGACAUGCAUAUAGAUGGAAACAUUACUUGCGGUCUCUCCCUCAACCACUCUGUGAUGUCAAAGGUCCCAAGACCUGGCAGCAGGCUUAUUCCUUGAAGGACAUUAAUGCUGCCCUUUCUCAUGUACAAAUUGUGGCUUAUAAUGAAAAGAUUGAUAUUUGUGGAGCACUAAAGGUGACAGCAGUUAGUUCUGGCUUUUGCCUGGGGAGCUGUAACUGGCUUAUAAGUUCUGAUCAUGAAAAGUUAGCUUACCUCAGUGGCUCCUCAACUCUGACUACUCAUCCUCGACCGAUUGAUCAGACGUCACUCAAAAAUGCCGAUGUGCUUAUUAUGACGGCCCUGAAUCACACACCCAUGUUCAACCCAGAUUCCAUGCUGGGAGAGUUUUGUGUUGCUGUGGCUCAAACUGUACGGAGUGGUGGUAACGCCUUGGUUCCAUGCUAUCCUAGUGGAGUUGUCUACGAUCUUUUUGAGUGCUUAUCAAACCACCUCGAUAACCUGGGACUUUCGCUGAUCCCCAUGUAUUUUGUCUCUCCCAUGGCUGAAAGCUCGCUAGCCUACUCCAACAUCUUUUCAGAGUGGCUAUCGUCUAGUAAACAAGGGAAAGUUUACAACAUGGACGACCCCUUCCCACACGCGCACCUCACUCGCACAGGCAGACUUAAACCAUUCAAGAGUCUUCAUGCUGAAGGUUUCAGUAGUGAGUACAGACAGCCAUGUAUUGUAUUCUGUGGACAUCCAAGCUUAAGGUUUGGAGAUGCUGUGCACUUUAUAGAAAUGUGGGGGAAUAACCCACAAAAUGCCGUCUUGUUUACCGAGCCUGAGUUUGAUUUUGCGGAAGCCCUUGCCCCCUUCCAGCCACUAGCCAUGCGACCAGUCUACUGCCCAAUCGACACCAGUCUCAACUUUACUCAGGCAAGAAAAUUAAUAAGUGAGCUAAAGCCAGGGAAGCUUGUUGUGCCGGAGAUGUAUCUGCGGCCACCUCCGAGCGCCCCACACCGCACAGACCUCACUCUAAAUCUCGAGGAGACCCCAUUGACGUACAGUGAGUGCCAAGUCCUGGACCUUGGAAUCCACAGAAGACUUGAGAGUGUGAAGCUGGCCCCUGGUCUGGCUCUGGCUCUCAACCUGAGCAACAUCCGACCUGGCCUCAGCACGGCCACCAUAUCUGCAGGAUUGCACGUCCAGGACAACAAAUAUGUGUUAAAGCCUUUAGAGGAUGAAGACACCAUCAGUAAGUUGCCUAACAGUUACCCGUAUGGAAACCUGUCUGUCGAUGACUUGGUCCAGAGACUUGCACAGGCAGGUUUGACAGAUGCGAGAGUAGAAGAGUUGCCCGGAGUUUGCAUUAUUACUUUGGAAAAUGAAGAUGUAAUAAUCAAGAUCAGUGACGCCUCAACACACAUUAUAUGCAGCAACACUAAAUUACGCGAGAAGUUACGGGACAUCCUGUUGGAGUGUCUUAGCUCCUUUUAAAGCCCAGUGGUACCUAGAAUUAAAUUUCACAGAACAAGCAGUAUAUUAUUAUUUACCAUUUUAUGAGACUGAUAAGUGAUGAGCUCUAAUCAGAUUGCAAAGAUGAUAAUAUCAGUAGUCUCAAAGUUUGAAUUGUUACUUUUUGUAACUGAAUAAAUGACAACUUGA